AUCAUUUAAAAUUGUUUUCUUGGUUGCGGUUUUAUCAAUUCGGUAUAAAAAUGUGGAAAUAUGGUCAAAAUCAAAUGAACCAAGGUCCGCAAGGUGGACAAGGCGGACCGAACAUGAUGCCCAUGGGUGGCUUUAUGCAGGGUGGAGCUGGCAUGCAUAUGUCACCGCAGCAGCAACAACAUCACCAGAUGAACAUGAUGGGUCCCGGUGGACCGGGAGGACCCGGCGGCAUGCAAAUGAAUCCGAAUGCAGGUGCUGGGGGUGGACCGCCUGGUCUAAUGCAAGGCAUGGGUAUGUCUCCACAGCACCAGAUGCAGCAGCAGCAAAUGAUGCAAGGAGGCGUCGGCGUACCAAUGGGAAAUAUGCCGCAGCAACAAGCGAAUGUAAUGCAACAACAAAUGAUGGGUCCACAGCAAGGAGUGGGCAUGGCUGGCAGUGGCGGACCACAACAGCAGCAGCCCAAUUUACCUCAACAGCAACAGCAGCAACAACACAAUCCAGCCGCAGGUGCUGCUGGCGGAGGCGGAGGCAACAAUAUGCUGGCAAUUUCUCAACCGAAUCCGCACAAGGAAAUCAACAUUGUGCAGCUCUCACGUUUGGGCCAGGAAACAGUGCAGGAUAUUGCGUCUCGUUUUCAAGAGGUCUUCUCAGCACUAAAGAAUAUACAGCCUACAUCACAUCGGGAUAAUAAUACAGAAAAGAAGGUGCAGGAAUAUUUUCGGACCAUAAGAUUGCUUUUUAAACGUGUGCGAAUCAUCUAUGAAAAGUGCAAUGAUGCUGGCAUGGACUACAUGAAUGCCGAAAGCCUGAUACCCUACAGGGAUGAGCCUGAUCCGCGCAUAGAGCCCUCACAGUGUGAUGAAUAUCGUAAGGUCCUACAGGAAAAUCAGGAACUAAUCGAAACAGUUAAGCUGAAAAACCGGCAGUUACGCGAGAUUAUCGAUAGAACACGUAUUAUUAUAUGGGAAAUUAAUACGAUGCUGGCAAUGCGUCGCUCAUAGAAUUACUUAUAUGUAUACUUAAUUAAUUCCAAACUUUUGUUUAUUUAUGUAAAUGUAAUAAAAGAAAACACUUCAUUGCUUAGUCCGUGCGUUUUCCAACACUGCUCAUUUGUGAUGCAGUAGAGAGCAAGCAGUUUGUGUUUUGUAGGCGACGACGGCGACUCAUUUUCUCAUUUGUGCAUAAAAAACAUAAUAA